GUGUGUGUGUGUGAGUGUGUGUGAGAGUGUUUGCUCUCCAGCUCUCUCCGGUUUGUUUUUCUUCUUCAGCUCCACUGUGAAGUUUUGCCUUUUACAUCCUGGUCUCUGGAGCGUGUGUCCCUGUGAGGGUUCUCUGCUCCGUGUUUUGCGUGUUCCGCUCGGUUCCGCUCGGUUCUCCAGAGGUUCUGCGGCGGUGGAUGGAUCACUCUCUGUUCGGCUGUCUGCGGAGCCCGCACGCUGCGGCCCAGACACUGCACCCGGCCUUCACCCAGUCGUCGCCCCUCACCCUCCACGGGCGCUCCGACCACGUCUCCUACGUCUCCGACCCCCCCCCCUGCGGCGGCUACUCCAGCGAUGAGACAGCGUUUGGGGGGCAUCACCGCUUGCACCCUAACCCCCCCCAACAGCACCCCCACCACGCGCAGCAGCAGCAGCACCAGCCUGCAUGGCACCUGCCCCAGAUGCCCCCUCCCGGCGCUGGCAGGCACGGCGGCCUGUGCCCCCCGCACCCUGCUGACGCCCGGGCCGGAGGCUCGGAGCUGUGCGGGGCCGGGGGCGGCGGGGGCGGCGGGGGCGCCCAGAGUCUGUGCCCCCCCAACCCCAACACGCUGGGGGGUGGCGAGGCGGCUGGGUGUGUGUCUGGGGACUACGGGCGUCAGACGCUGUCACCGGCGGAGACAGACAGGAAGAACAGUAAAGGAAAGAGUGACAGCUCAGACUCCCAGGACGGGAGCUACAAGGCGGACUUGAGCAGCAAGCCCCGGAAGGAGCGCACGGCCUUCACCAAGGAGCAGAUCCGUGAGCUGGAGUCGGAGUUCGCCCACCACAACUACCUGACCCGCCUGCGCCGCUACGAGAUCGCCGUCAACCUCGACCUCACCGAACGACAGGUGAAGGUGUGGUUCCAGAACAGGCGCAUGAAGUGGAAGCGCGUGAAGGGCGGCCAGCAGGGGGCGGCGGCGCGCGAGAAGGAGCUGACGAACGUGAAGAAGGGCACGCUGCUCCCCUCCGAGUUCUCCGGCAUGAUGGGACUCGUCUCCCCCGGCAACCACGACCACGACAGCCGCGACGACAGCGACCAGAGCUCCGAACACGCCCACUUAUGAUGUGGAUGAGAGCCACGCCCCCUCUACUUCAGGAACACCAAUCACGUCCUCUCAUCCGGGGGUGACCUUUAUCACGAUGAUGAGGAGGAGGAGGAUGAUGAUGAUGAUGAUGGUGAAGGACAGGAUGCUGGUUGACCCCUGACCCUGACCCUGACCCUUGACCCCCCAGAGCCUGCGGUGCUCGUGAGAGAGACACUGACCGGGACUGAGACUGUUGAGAACAUUCCACCACGCGUGUGCCUUAAAUAUUAUAUACACGGCCUCAUCCUGCCCUGAUGUGUGUGUGUGUGUGUGUGUGUCCUUCACCUGACUCUGUGUGUGU